UGUAAAUAGGGCUAUAAAAUUUGAUGGAAACAACAGAGGAAGAUCACGAGUUUACGCAAGCGUUUCAGUUUCUAAAGGACUCGGAAUUCUUCGAGACUCAUGAAGAACAAGGAAGUGAAAGUGCGUCUUUAUCUUCUCUUUCCUAUUCUUUCUCGUCCAAAGCCAAGACCGACCUUAUCAUUGCUCAGGCAAAAGCAAACCAUUUCAUUGUGGUUAACCAAGCUACUCAGAAAAAUAAUCCUUUAAAUGGUUUUAUCAAACAGGUGCUUUGGAACUAUGGAAACAUUGUACCUGAUUAUUUAUUAGGUCGUUAUACUUGUGCACUGUUUUUGCGUAUUAGCCAACACCUUUUGACUCCGCAGUACAUUUAUGACCGUGUCAAAGCAAUAGGAAAGCAAUUUCGUUUGCGAAUACUUGUAUGUUUGAUAGACGUAGAGGACUUUGAACUGGCUCUGAAAGAGGUUACAAAAUUGUGUGUUUUUAGUGAGUUUACUUUGAUUGUUACACGAAAUGAAAAGGAAGCUGCGAGAUAUUUGGAAACCUAUUUUGCGUUGGAGAACAAACCGACAGAUGUAUUGAGAGAAAGAACGGAACAAGACUACAUUUCCAAAGUGGAAAGUGCGUUGACGAGUAUUCCGUCGAUCAAUAAGACAGACGCUAUGCAGCUUAUUGCCAAUUUUAAGACCGUGCAUGCUUUGGUUAAUGCCGAUGUGAAGGAAUUGAGCAAAUGUCCUGGAAUCGGUCCAACCAAAGUGCAACGUUUAAAGGAAGCCUUACAAAUGCCAUUUCGUAAGAAAUGAUCUUUUCCUUUGCUCACCAAAUUUCGUCGUUGAAAAAGAGGAUGACUGAAUAGUUUGGAUAUUGGAUAACAAUCUUUCAGAUAUUAUUUUAUCACCUCGUGUUUCGUAGAAACAUCAGUGAUCAACUUUCAAAUAUGUAAAGCACACUAAUACUGUCUGUCAUGAUAGAUAAACACAGCUGUUGGUCUUCUAAACUUGUCAGUUUU